CAACGACCAGAAUUUCCGGGCGCAAGAGACCCAACGGAUCCGUCACCCAAGUCGACAUCCAAACCCCGACCCCAAUACCAACUGCGAAAUCUACUAGACUAGUCAUAUACAUAUUCAGACAAGGUCGGCUGCUAUCCCGCUGCAGCAAUUGUUCGAGCGGUCGCAUGCGAAUUCACCCUCUAUCGAGCAUCGCCCAUGCAGACGAGCCGCGAUGCACGUCAUCAAGCCAGCUUGGCUGAGCCACAGCGGCGAGCAGAAGGACUUUGAGGUCUACAGCUGCCAUGUCUCGCCCGACGGGAAACGUCUGGCCACUGCCGGCGGUGACGGUCACGUCCGUGUCUGGUCGACCGAAGCUAUCUACGGCACAGAUACUGGCAAAAGUGCGGGAAAACCACGCCAGCUCUGCCACAUGAGCCAUCAUCUCGGCACAAUCCACUCUGUCCGAUUCUCUCCCAAUGGUCGCUAUCUUGCCUCGGGCGCCGACGACAAGCUCAUCUGCGUCUACCAUCUCGACAAGAACCCUCCUAUCGCUUCCUUCGGCAUUGGCGAGCCACCUCCCGUAGAAAACUGGAAGACGUACAAGCGUCUCGUUGGCCACGACAACGAUGUCCAGGACCUCGCCUGGUCUUACGAUUCCUCCAUUCUGGUCUCCGUCGGCCUCGACUCGAAAGUCGUCGUAUGGUCAGGCCAUACUUUCGAAAAGCUCAAAACCCUCACCGUCCACUCGAGCCACGUCAAGGGCAUCACAUUCGACCCUGCCAACAAGUUCUUCGCCACGGCUUCCGACGACCGAACAAUAAAAAUCUUCCGCUUCACGCCCCCGGCCCCGAACGCCACACAGCACGACAUGGUGAAUAACUUCGUCUUGGAGACCACCAUCAACGCACCCUUCAAGAGCUCCCCGCUGACGACCUAUUUCCGCCGAUGCUCCUGGUCCCCGGAUGGCAACCACAUCGCUGCCGCCAAUGCCGUCAACGGGCCGGUGAGCUCCGUCGCCAUCAUCGAACGGACGCGCUGGGACAGCGAGAUCAACUUGAUCGGGCACGAGGGUCCCACGGAAGUCUGCAUGUUCUCGCCUAGGUUGUUCUACACGGCCGAUCCCGUUACCUCGGACGAAGGUUACAGCAGCCAGCUCGUGACGGUCAUCGCCUCGGCGGGCCAGGACAAGACACUGAGCAUCUGGAACACCAACACGUCCCGUCCCGUCGUCAUCCUCCAGGACGUCGCUAGCAAAUCCAUCUCCGAUCUGUCGUGGACGCCCGACGGUCAGACGUUGUUCGCGUCGAGUCUGGAUGGCGCCGUCAUUGCCCUGCGGUUCGACAGGGGCGAGCUCGGCUGGGUCGCCAACGCGGAAGAGAACGAUAAGGCGUUGCAAAAGUAUGGCGCCUCUAGGAAAGGGAUGGGCAUCGCCGAGGACGUGGAAGGCCUGCAGCUCGAGUACCACAGCAAGGCGGGAGAGUCCAAGGCGGCCGAGUCCCGCAUGGGAGCUCUCAUGGGCGACCUCUCCGCCGCCGCCGAGGCGGCCCCCACCGCCAACGGCAUCAAGACGAACGGGACGGGCACCUCAACCCCGAAAGCCCUUCCCAACGGCAAUAUGGAGUCGGACAAAUCCAAGGACAAGGAGAAAGACAAAGAGAAGGAGAAGCACAAGGAAAAGGAAAAGGAAAAAGAGGUGGAGAGGGAGAGGGAGACGGAAAAAAAGAAGCCCGCGGAAGAAAGUGCCGACAAGGCUGCUGAACGUGUAAGGGAGCUCAAGGCCCGAGUCACCAUCGGAAAAGACGGCAAGAAACGCGUCGCCCCUUUACUUGUCUCUUCCUCCGGCACAGGCCAGUCGUCCCUUCCCCAGACCCAACUCGUCGGGUCGACAUCGACGGCGAAGGGGUCUCAGAACGAUGCGCCGCUGUCCAUCCUCGACCUUAGUAAGCCGGUGGACGGGCUUCCGAAAGGCGGGAUCGCGGCCAUGCUUCUGGGCAACAAACGGAAAGCCAUCGCCAUGGAAGGGGAGGAAGAAGACGAUGCGACAAGAAGGCGACCGACAGCAGGCCCGACCCCUAUCGUCGUGAACGGACCGGACGGUGUAGAGCCUGCUUCCGUGGCGGAACGGCCGCAGGGGGUGAUUCCGACGCCGGAGUACCUACGACCUGCCGUCGUCAACCCGUCCAUGGCGCUUGCGCAGAUUCGGCUGGCCGUCCCGAAAGUUCGAUCCCACAUUGUCAGGCCGAUGGAGCGCGGAAUUCUUGUGGGAGAGGAUAGCGCCAGCCUCGACGAAGCGUCCAAGGCGCCGGAGAACCUCGUCCUGGAAGCCCGCAACCCCGUCAGUGCCAAGGACCCGUCGCACGUCACGGUCGUCAAACGCGGCAUGCUCGUGUGGCAGGACUACCUGCCCCGCGCCGUCCUGCUCGUCACGGGCAACAAACACUUCUGGGCGGCGGCCUGCGAGGACGGCAGCAUCUACAUGUGGACGCCGGCCGGACGGAGGCUGAUGAACGCCGUCGUCACCGAGUCGCAACCCGUCAUCCUCGAGAGCCGCGAGCACUGGCUGCUGUGCAUCAAUGCCGUCGGCCUCUGCUACGUCUGGAACGUCAAAACCCAAUCCUCCCCCCACCCCCCCGUCUCCCUGGGACCGGUCCUCGAGCUGGCCACGACGACCCUGAACCCGCACGCCGCCAGCUCCGGUCCCGGCGUCACCUCGGCGUCUCUCAACUCGACGGGCCACAUGGUCGUCACGCUCACCAACGGCGACGGCUACUUUUACGCCCGCGAAAUGUACGCCUGGCAACGCGUCAGCGAGGCCUGGUGGGCCGUCGGUUCGCAGUACUGGAACAGCAACGACUCGUCCGUCAGCGCGCUGCAAUCCACGGCGGUUGGUCCGGUCGCGCCGUCGUCGUCGGCGAAGAACGACAGGGACAGGGACAGGGACAAGGACAAGGAGAAGGAGAAGGAGAAGGAGAACCAGGCCGUCCCCGUCUCGGCCGGGGUCAUCCCGCACCUCGAGCGGCACACGACCAACGAGUUCCUCCUGCGCGGCAGGGCGUACACGCUGCAGCGCAUCAUCAAGACGCUGAUGGCCAAGGACGGCUUCGAGGCCUUCGAGAGCACCGUGAGCAUCGCGCAUCUGGAGAACCGCAUCGCUGCCGCGCUGCAGAUGGGGGCUCGGGACGAGUUCCGCCUCUACCUCUUCAUGUAUGCCAAACGCAUCGGGGCCGAGGGCCUGCGCGGGAAGGUCGAGGAGCUGCUGAACAGUUUGCUGGGUGGGAUCCUCAAGGAUACGAAGGGGCAGACGAGCGAGGGGAGAGGCUGGUAUACGGCGGAGGAGGAGAUUUGUGGAUGGGAUCGGAAGGAGUUGCUCAAGGGCGUCGUCAUGAUUCUCGGCAAAUUCAGGGAAUUACAACGGCUAACUGUCCAAUACGCCCGCGUCCUGGAUCUAACUCUAGAAUCAGACGAUGCCGACGAUGGCAACCCAAUGGAGGUCGAGGCCUGAGCCUUCAUGACAACUCUUUCUGUGCCAUGUAUCAACGGCCAAACGACAAUGCCGCAUCUUCAGGCAUCUUCUCGGACGGCACACUGCAGUGUAUAUGUACUACUUCCUCUUUCUUUUACACGCAGGUUAUUCGCAGCGUUGUCUUUUGUGUCUUCCGUCUAUGAGGGAACGGGGGGGUCCUCUUGGUGAAGAAGGACAGGGUAGGCAGCUGGGGGGGAAAUAUUAUGGAUGGGGGAAUGAGUGCGGCUGGCUUUUCACACAAGACACAUACAUCUAGGCUUAUAGUCCGCCUGCGAGGCGUCAGUUGGAGUUACUGGCGUAUUUGGUUGCUUCUGUUCGAGGAAGACGACGAUGGGGAAUUUCUUACCCCCCAUGUCCAACAAAUAUAUGCUACGAAGAGUGGAAUACAAUUCGGUCGCUGGGCUUCUGAC